UUACAGUGCGUUGUACAGCACAGUCCCUUUCUGUAAUCUUGUACGUACGAGUACCGUACGGUACUUCUAGCACACGCACAGCCCUCUAGUGCUCGUACUCGUACUGGUACUACCGUACGUGGACUGCGUACUAAGACUACCGUUGCUGCGACAGACAAAAAAGUCAGAAUAGAAAAAGAUGCGUUCGGACUUCGGGCGUGGGACGGAAAGAUUCAUUCAAACCGUACCUGGUACGUACGUGCCGGUACAUACCCUACCGUACGUACGUAAGAAAUCGUGAGCGUAGAUCGUACUUUCGCAGCGACGUUUGACUCAAUCGACUGAAAAAAACAUACAGUAUUCUGGUUUCGAGAGGCUAUCAGACGGAACGAGUGACGAGUACGAGUACGUACCGUACAAACUGGUACGAAGUACGAGUUUAGGGUGGGGGACGGCAUCUUCUACGGAAUUUUGGAAUCUGAAGAUCUAAGAUCUUGUUCCAGAACACAACAGAACCGAACAGUUACACCUACAKUUACAGCUACAGCUACGGAAGCUGCCAUCCUAUUGCAACCAAACCCGAUCCCCUCCAUCGCUCCAUCCCAUUGCUAACCACCGUUCGCUGUUCGGAGGACCGAAGCCCCGGACCAUCCGACAACACACCGCUUCGCAUCGCAUCGCAUCGACUCGACUCGACUCGCAUCGACCCGACCCGAUCCACGUCGUCGCUGCGCAUCGAAUCGCAUCGAAGCGCAACCGGUGGAACCCCGCCGGUCCGCACCGAUUCUUCCCCCGGAAAAGCGACCAUGGUACCGCAGCGGCAGAGGCAACGGCAACGGCGAACGAGAGCCCCGCUGAGGGGCUGCGACACCUUUGUCGCCUACCCGCCCACCACCCCCGACGGCUGCGCCUUCUUUGGGAAAAACUCGGACCGGCCGAAAGGGGAGGCCCAGUCCCUCCGGCGCUACYCGGCGGGCCGCCAUCCCCCCGGAUCCACCCUGGAGUGCACCUACCUCUCGAUCCCCCAGGCCGCCGAGACCUUUGCGGUCCUGGUCUCGCAGAUCGACUGGAUGUGGGGCUGCGAGCACGGGGCCAACGAGCACGGGGUGUGCAUCGGAAACGAGGCCGUGUGGACCAGGGUCCCCUUCGAGGCCGAACCGAAGACGGGAAGGCCGGCCUCGCUGCUCCUCGGGAUGGAUCUGGUGCGGCUGGGCCUGGAGCGAAGCCGGUCGGCGCGGUCGGCCCUCCGAACCAUCACGGAACUCCUGGAGGAACACGGACAGGGCGGGGCCUGCGCCGAGGGCGAUCCCUCCUUUUGCUACCACAACUCCUUUCUCAUCGCCGACGCGGGCGAGGCAUACGUCCUAGAGACGGCGGGAAAGCACUGGGUCGCCCAGCGGUGGGCCUCCGGGGGCCGGAACCUCUCGAACGGCCUGACCAUCCGGAACGCCUACGACCUCUGCUCCGAGGGCCUGGAGGACUACGCCAGGGARCUGGGCCUGUGGGACGGAACCGGGCCACUCGACUUUGCCGCCGUCUUUGGCGAGGACGGCCCGGGGGGCCUUCCUUCGGAGGACGAMGASGACGAGGACGACGACACCCGCUUCGGGUGCGGCCGGGCCCUGCUGGAGAAGCACUCCGGAUCCGGCCGCUUUGGCAAGGGGGACAUGGUGGCGAUCCUCCGGGACCAUUCGAGCGGCAUCUGCAUGCACGGCGGGGGAUUCGAGACCACCGCCUCGAUGGUCAGCGAGCUCCAYGCCGGAAACCCGGGCCGCAACACGCACUGGACGACGGGGCCCCACCCCUGCCGGUCGGAAUUCUGCCGGCAGGAGAUACUAGAACCUCCGGCGGCCGAAGCCAACCAAGGCAAACGAAACGAAUGAAACGAAACGAAACGAAACGAAUGAAAUGAACCGAACCGAACCGAACCGAGCAAAACGAACAAAACGAAGCUAGCAAUAGGCAAGAAAACGGGUUGCUCCUGUUAAUCACGAGGGUUGGAUCAUAGUCUAGUCUGGUUUGGUCUGGAAAAGUGUGGCAAUCGAGGACAUCAAGGACUCAUCUUGCAGAGAAUCAAUACGCUCAGAAUUCAAAAGAAGUGCUGUUUUCGUUCUAUAGUUCUUAGCUUAACAUUWCAUUGCACGCAUGGAGCGUAACCCAUGAUCCUCGACCUCCAAACCUGGAACAGACAAAGAAGGAAAUCGAACAAUUUCCUUCACGUGGUCGAAACUAUCAACAUCCAUAUAUUCCAAUAAAAAAUAGCGUUACCA